ACCACAAUUACAGCAAUUUGAGAAUGGAUCAUGGAAUUAAUCAGACAAUUUGUUUGUUUCUUUACAGGAGGUUUCAUUGAUCAUUUUGGCGGCGUGAAAUAGAAAAUUAACGAUCGAGAAUUAGCUUUAACUACUGGAGUGUUGUGCGUUCAUAAGGAGACCAACUGGACGAUAAAACGAACAUAUUUAGUGUAGAGAAACUUCAGUGCUUGAGUAGCGCCAUUAAAGUAACAACGAAAUCGAGCACUUUGCAUUAAUUUCACGAGUUAUUAAAAACAAAGCAAUUCCAAAUUCCAUCAACUUCGCAAUCAACCAACAAGUAAGCUACCAGUUCAAGGAAAUAAAAAUUGGAAAUCACAUCAAGUCAGGAGAAUUCAACACUUUUGAUCAUUCUGGGAAGUCAAAUAAACUGCUUAGAACAAUUGAAGUUGAGACGUUGGGUGAACAAGAAGUGAAGAAUAAAAGUUCCAUUCGACUGAGUUCUUCGUUCAAAAUAAAUAGAGUAGUAAAGAGAAGAAUUUGUGGAGUUUAAUCAAAGCGACAAUGUCCCAUUUUAAAUGAACAGAUAACGGAUUUCCAUUGUGAAAGCAACUUCAAUACUAAACGAUCAACUAGAAGAACGAAAAGUUUGACGAAAGGAAAAAUGACAACAGCAAGCAAUUAUUUAAAUUGAUUUCGAUUCCCAAUUGAAUUGUGAAAAUAUUCGUCUAAUAAAGUUUGGUUCGUCACCAAACGAGUUAAAGAAGCAGAGCAGGUUACACCGAAAAAGUCACUCGAGACACGUGCUUCGAAUAUCAAUCAGCAAUCAACAAUCAACUAAGCGAUGGAUUCCAAAGUCGAAGAAAGCAAGGAACAGUCAAAUGACGAAGUUGACUUCGUUCCAACGUCUGCGGCUAAAAAAGAAAUUUGUGUGUCGUGCAAGAGCCUCAAUCCCCUCAAGAAGACAUUUCUAGUGCGUAACAGUCAUUCGAAUAACAAUAAUCACACACCAAAGAGUUUAUCACAGUCUCAGACGACAGCGACGAUAAAGACUUCAGUUUACGGCGAUUGCGAAAUACAAACGAGUGUUAAGCCUCACAUUUCGGCACUCGAACGGCUGCAGUUGUUUCACUUUUCAUUGCGAAAGAAAAAUGAAGUGUUGGAGAAGACUCCGCUGUCACAAGCAGUAACGAAAGAUCGCCGUCCGAAAUUCAUUAAAAGUUCAUCGAUUGCGCGUCUCUUUGGCAACACGUACAGCACGAAGAAGUCAGAGGAGAGCCACGCGAAUGUCGCAGCACUCAAAAAGUCAAACUCAGUGAAUGAAAAGUUCUCAAAUAAGUCGAAUGAAAGUGACGACGAAUUUACAUUCAGGAUGAACGAAGAUCAUUUGAUUUUGAGUGAAAGUUCAUUAAACUUAAACAGUUUGGAUUCAUCUAGUGCACCCAUGGAGAAGAGUAAUUUGAAAACCAUUCGAAGUAUCACAAAAGGUCUCGGUAAAUUACUUCGACGGAGUAGUGACAGCGUUGCAAUUAGUGCACCUGAUCCCGUGUACAAAGUGUUUUAUCUCGGCAACGUUCUGACUGGAUGGGCGAAAGGAGACUCGUGCAUUGACAAACCAUUGGCAACCCUUUGGCGUAACUACACACAAAACAACAAACCACAAGUUCUGAUGCGACUGGAGGUUUGUCCAUCUGGUUUGAAAGCGACGACAAGACAGCAUGGAUUGACUGAGUACUGGUCACAUCGGAUCAGUUUCUGUUCAGCACCUCAAAGUUAUCCAAAGAUUUUCUGUUGGAUUUAUCGACAUGAGGGACGAAAAAUGAAACAUGAACUUCGAUGUCAUGCAGUGAUUUGUUCCAAAGAUGCGCAAUGUCAGGAAAUUGCGACUUUAUUGAAGCAAAACUUGACCAUUGCACUUCGCGAGUUCAAACGAGAAAAGAUCAACAAACAAAAUGCUCGUCUGAGUUUGGCUAAUGCCGCAAAUGAAAACCCUUCGAUGCCUUAUCGAAAGAUUCUUCUCAGUACAGGUGGAAACAAUUAUCGGCCACCUCUUGAAAGAUCUAAGUCAGCACCAAAACUUUUUGCAAUCGAAGAGAUAAUCGAUGAAGAAGAAGACGAAGAAGAUUGUGACGAAGAAAUGAAAGUGAAGAGACAAGAAGAGAAGAAGAAGCAGGCAGAAGUGAAGUCAUGUUGUAAAGAAGAUUAUUUGUAUCCGUCAGUGACAUUGGGAAGACGACGUUGCAGACGUGGUCACUCGAUCAGAAAGUCUCGAUUACUUCGUGGCUCGAUUCUCAAUAAUCAGAAAUCAUUCCCGCCUUCCAAUGUUGCGACGAUCACGAGAAAUGAAACGCCUGAAGUUGUCGACGACGAGAAUCUCUGCAAGUCGAUCGAAAGUGAUUUGAGUGUUUCAUCAGUGCCGAAUCAAGAAUCACAAAGAAAAUCACUCGGCGGAUCUGAUGAAGACUUCGAAAGUUUUCUGUUGUACAAUAAUUAUGAUUCCAAAGAACCGCUUUCUGCUGACCUUUUAUCGUACUUCGACAUGCAACUGCAAACGCCCAACACUUCGAUGUUGAUCACAUCAACUACGAUGAGCAUGUCUGAUCUAUCUGAGAACGACUUGUCACUAAAGAACCAACGGAACAGCAUGAGCAUGUCAGAUUUAAUCGACUAUCAAUCAGACAAUGAACUCGACGAUGGAGAAUCUUUAGUGGAAUCGUUUAGUGGCAAUUUCAACUUCAACCAAGAUUCAAUGCUUGAAACACUCCGACAACAAUCAAAACCCUCGAACGAUGAAAAUGAUCUCCAACAGCCUCUCAUUCAUCAGACGAAUGAUUCGACUGUCAGUAUCGGAACGAACAAUGUUCAAUGUCCCGAAGAUUUCAUUUUCAAACAAUCUGCAAAUGAUGAACAUGACGAUGAUCUCACAUCAGAAGCUCCAUCGUCACUCUGCAUAAGCGAAAAGACAAUUUGUGUCAAUGUUGAUAGCGAUGAAGGAUCUUCAAUCUCAAGUGGAUGUGAAACUUCGUCAACUGUAACAGCGAAUGCCGAAGAGGUUCACUUACCACGUCGUGGAAGUGUUUUAGAUCGUGUGAGAAAUUUCGAGCAAUUGGCUGACUCGCAAACACCUCGAAAUAUUCCAGUCAAUUUUAGUUCAAGAGGUGUGACAUCUCCUAAUGAUUCUAGAAGCGGAUCACAAAGUGGAAGUUUCAUUAUCACACCCACGCAGUCAACUCUCACUAAAAACGGAACAUUGACUCGUGUUGACAUCGAAAAAGCAGUGAAAAUUGUUAAAUUUAGUCGUGAAGAAGAUCCAGAUGAGUUCAGUGAUGAUUCAGGCUACCUCGAAUUUCAAGAUCUUUCCUUGCAAAAUCAAAAAUUGUUACAUUAAUUUCAUUGAAUAUUUAAGUUAAAUUACUAGAAAUUUUUCAACAUUUUAUUUUAUCACUAAAGAUAACGAAAAAAACCUUCGAAAGAAUAAGAACCAAAGAGUUGUACUUGAUGAUAAAUAGUUGCAAAUACAUUUUGACGUCAGAAACUUAUCUGAAAU